UUUUAAAGAUUUUGUUUUUUGUUUUGGGGUCCGGGUGAUGGAGAGAGAAAGCUCAGUGUUUUCAGAUCUGAUCACAUCUGAAUGAAUGAAUGACUACAGAUACAAAAACAGGGAGAAGGAAGGAGAGAAAUUCAGGUGAUAGAGAGAGAGAGUAGGAGAGAGACAGGGCCCUGAUCUUAUUAAAAAGUUGUGAGCGCUUUUCAAAGCUGAAAAACAAUGGAAAGAGAGAGAGAGAGAGCAGGUGGGUACUGUGGAAAAAAAAAAGAGCAGUGAUCGUAAAAAGUGGUUCUCUGUUGUCUCUGUGAUUGUGUAGUUACAUUUUGAGGAGGGAGUGGUAGUAGUAGUGGAAGUGAAAAAGACUAAAAAUUGGUUUACUUUCCCAUUUGGUUGUACAUUUCGUUUUGAUUAAGAAGAUUCUGCUGUACCUGAGAAAGGUAAAUGCUGUGAAUUCAAUGGCAGUGAUGAUGGAGGUGUAGAAGAGGUCCACUUUUUCCUCUUUUGUUGGUUUUAACCUUAUCUUGGAUCUUUGUUUUCUUGUUGCUCAGAGCAUUUAACUCGCUGAAUCAAAAGCCCUUCCUCUUCUUCUUCUCUCAUGAAGUUGAAGCCUUUAUUGCUUUGAAAUAGAACAGUCGAUCAAACCAGCAUUCAAACCCAGAACAGAGCACUCAAAACAGAAACCCGAAACCAUGAAGGACAUGGAGAAAAGCUUGGAUCCUCAGCUAUGGCACGCCUGCGCCGGCGGCAUGGUCCAAAUGCCUCCGGUGAACUCCAAAGUCUUCUACUUUCCUCAAGGACACGCCGAGCACGCCCAAACCCACGUCGAUUUCCCCGCCUCCUCCGUCAGAAUCCCACCUCUCAUUCUCUGCCGCGUCGCCGGAAUCAGAUACAUGGCCGACCCGGAAACCGACGAGGUCUUCGCCAGAAUCCGGCUGGUCCCUUCCGAGAGCAACGAGGUUUUUGCUCAGGACCAAGGCUCUGUGGACUCUGAUGGGUCUGGGAAUCCGGAAAAGCCUUCUUCUUUCGCUAAGACUCUGACCCAGUCCGACGCUAACAAUGGCGGCGGGUUCUCCGUUCCGAGAUACUGCGCCGAGACCAUUUUCCCGAGGCUGGACUACUCCGCCGACCCGCCGGUGCAGACGGUGAUCGCCAAGGACGUCCACGGCGAGUUGUGGAAGUUCCGGCACAUUUACCGAGGCACCCCUCGCCGGCAUUUGCUGACCACCGGGUGGAGCACGUUCGUGAACCAGAAGAAGCUCGUCGCCGGCGACUCGAUUGUGUUCCUGCGAGCCGAAAACGGCGACCUCUGCGUCGGGAUUCGGAGGGCCAAGCGGGGGUCGCCGGAGGGUUCGUCGGAAUCGGGGUGGAACCACGGCGGUUCUGGGGGAGGGUCGGUUUUGCCGUAUUCCGGGUUCUCGGUGUUUCUGAAAGAUGAAGAGAGCAAAAUGGGGAGAAAUAAUGGGUUUGGGAAUUCGAGUCUGAAUAAUGGGAAGGAGAGAGGGGGCAGAGGAGGAGGAAGAGUGAGGCCUGAGGCUGUGGUGGAGGCUGCCACUCUUGCGGCCAAUGGACAGCCGUUUGAGGUGGUUUAUUAUCCGAGAGCCAGCACGCCGGAGUUUUGUGUUAAGGCCUCGGCGGUGAGGGCGGCGAUGAGGGUGCAGUGGUGCUCAGGCAUGAGGUUUAAGAUGCCUUUUGAGACUGAGGACUCUUCUAGGAUUAGUUGGUUCAUGGGAACCAUAGCUUCUGUUGAUGUUAAUGAUAAAAUCCGCUGGCCUAAUUCUCCUUGGAGAGUUCUACAGGUGACAUGGGAUGAGCCAGAUUUGUUACAGAAUGUGAAGUGUGUCAGCCCAUGGUUGAUUGAGCUGGUAUCAAAUUUUCCCAUUAUCCACAUGGCGCCCUUUUCACCGCCACGGAAGAAGUUGCGUAUCCCGCAACACCCAGACUUUGACGGGCAGUUAACGUUGCCAUCAUUUUCAGGCAACCCCCUCGGGUCCAGCAGCCCCAUGUGUUGUCUACCAGAUAACACUCCUGCAGGCAUACAGGGAGCCAGGCAUGCUCAACUUAGAAUAUCUUUAUCAAAUCUCCACUUUAACAGCAAACUGCAGUCGGGGCUGUUCUCGUCCAGUUUCCAGAGGUUCGAUCAAAAUUCUAGAAUUCCCAAUGACAUCAGGAAUGGCCACACAAACAGCAACGAAAGCCUAUCUUGCUUGCUAACAAUGGGAAGUUCUAAUCAGAACUUGGAGAAAUCUGAUGAUGUGAAGAAACACCAGUUUUUACUCUUUGGUCAACCAAUAAUUACUGAGCAGCAGAUCUCUCGUAGCUGCUCCAGUGAUGCAGUUUCACAAGUUCUUGCUGGUAAUAAUUUGAAAGAUGAGAAUCAAGGCAGAAAAAGGUUUCUAUCUGUUGGUUCAGACUCUGCUCUUGAGCGCUGGGCUUCACUAGAGAAAUCUGCAUUGAACGAGGAAUUUCAAGCUAUUGAUGUGGAUACCGGUCAUUGCAAGGUAUUCAUGGAGUCCGAGGAUGUUGGAAGGACUCUUGACCUCUCAGCUUUAGGCUCUUAUGAUGAGUUAUACAGGAGGCUGACCAUCAUGUUUGGAUUAGAAAAACCGGAAAUGCUGAGCCAUGUUCUUUACCGAGAUCCAACAGGUGUUGUUAAACAAACUGGAGAUGAACCAUUCGGUGAAUUUAAGAAAACAGCAAAGAGACUGACUAUUCUAACACGUCCGGCCAAUGAAACUAUUGGAAGGACAUGGAUUAGAGGAAUGGAAAAUGCUGAAAGUAGACUUGGUGCAUCAAACAAGACUGGUCCUUUGAGCAUAUUUGCUUAGUCUAGUAUGGCAUUGAGACUAGAUGAUGUUGAGAAUACUCGAUGAAUGUUGAAUGUUUAUUUGCACUUUAAUUUAGCUAGGAGAAAUGGGAUACCGAACUCCUCCUAUUCUGUGUCAUCUUGAAGUACAUUUCUGUGUGAAGUACAUGCAUGUUCUACUAAAUAUAAAUAAUGCCAAUGGUGAAAAUUUUCUUGCCUAA